AGUGAACGAUUGAUCGCUAUUCCUUAUUUUGAUCUUUUCAGUAAAAUUUUGAUAGGUUUUUUACAACAAUAUGUUUUCCUGAUUUUGUUGCUCAUAGGACGGUUUAGAUCACCAGCGCCUUACCUUGGAAGUCCACAAGCUGCCAGGGGUGCGUAUAUUGGAAAUUUUGGCUACCAGCAGCCGGUUACAUAUGGCUACCAACAAGGCUUGGUAUAUUCUCCUUAUGGGUAUGCUGCAUACAGUCCAGAAUAUGCUUAUCCUCAGGGUGUUUACAAUCCUUAUGGAAGUCAGCAAUACCUUCACAUAUAUGGUGUACCUGGAACAGUCAAUACAACUAUGUACCCUUUCAGUCAGUUGAGCCAGACUCUUCCAGGAAGUCAAAGUUAUUCAACAUUGCCAGGAUAUGCAAUGACUGGGCAUCAGAUCGUGCAGUUUGGUGGGCCUAGUGUAAAUGCAGUGACAACUACAUCUGUUCCAACUGUUCCGACACCAUUCGCUACAGGUGUCACAGCACAUAUUCUACCGCAACCUCAGUUCAUACUACCUGCUCAUUCUCCUCAAUUCAUGCAGGGUAGCGGUUCUGACCCAAAUGCUGGGUGAGGGUUUGAUCUAGGUAUCAAUAGACUGCAGCAGGACUAAGAACAGCAGUACUGCUACAUGAGUGGCGGGCUUCAAAUCUAGCCUUGCAAAUUAUUAAUUUCGCAUUCUAGAGGUCUUACAUUAUCGUGCUCACCAAAGAAGUCGAUGUCUGAGAAGGAAAUGGAACGUGUUAAUGGCACAUCCUUCAACACCUUGUAUCUAAAUUCUCAUUUUCUGCCGGUCUAAUGGAUGACCGACGAGGAGUCACAGACUAAUGGUGGCCGGAAUUGGUUUCUGGCUCCCGUAUAGGAAUAGUGAACCCAUGUAAAAAGACCAUGGUAGAAUCAACAUAUGAUUCUUUUAGAGUUGGAUUUCCCAGCAUUUUGGGUGUGUAUAUAACCUCCGGAAUCUGUGUGUUGCAUCCUGCAUUGUAUUUGAAAGUUGGGUCAGCAUCUUGUGCAUAACAACCGUUUUUAGGCUCUUAUUGGAUUACAAUACCGUGAUCUGGAUUAUUGUAGAGCUCGACUUCAAAAUAUGAAAGAAGCUCUAGGUUUAUAUAGAAAGAGGACUCUUUCUUCUUUUGCAGGCUCUUUACAUGUAGAUUCUUAAGGUCUGCAGAAGAUUUGUAUUUGAGAAAUUUCGGGUUA